AGCCCAGGGACCUCAAUUGCCAGCGUAGAGGUCGAUAAAUAAAUCCUCGCCGCGUCGGGAUCAACACAGCACAUCGCUGCGACAAACUAGAGCAGUCAUGUUCGGCCUCGUCGAGCCGGAAGGCCUCAAGACCCUCGAGGCCAUGGGCUUCCCCCGCGACGCCGCCAAGGCCGCACUGACGGCGCACAACGGCGACGUAGCGGCGGCCGCGCAGCAGCUCUCGCAGCCGUCCGUCGAGGACAAGUGCCGAUCGAUAGCAUCAAGACUCGCCAAAGCCGACGCGGCCGCGGCGGCCGAGGUCGCAGAACUCCUAACGAACGUGGCAGCGAACCCGCGCGACCAGCGCCACACCAUCAUCCUGUUAGGAGGCACAGCACCUCUACAAAGCGCACUGCGGGCCGGCCAGAACGCCGGCGUCGAGUUAUUGAUAGAGGCGGGCUACCGGCGCCACGACGCCUCGACGUUGUCGUUGACGCGGGCCGAUCCCGCUAGACUGUACGCUGCUAAAAGCGCUUUGGACGCGGCCCGGACGUCGUCUCCUGGAAGACAAGGCAGAAACAAAGCGUUACAAGCCCAAGCGUCGCGAGAGGCACGUGCAGCGGCCGCAAAGUCCUUUGCGUCCGUCCAGGAGCCGCGCGGCGGUUGUGUAUUGACCUUCGCCGACGGUUCGGGCGCGAAGUUCGCCACGCGUCGAUUUGAUGGUGAUGAUACCUUAGAUCGGGUCGUGCGGUUUCUAGCGACUUGUGAGGUAGGCUGUCCUCCCGACGGCGACGGGUGGCGCGUCGUGGCGGAGACGACGCCGCCCUCGUUCUGGUGCGACGGCUGGGUCCUGAGCGAUAAGACGACGCGCGACGAGCAGAUCUUCACCGUCAAAGAUUUGCCGCGGACGCUGCAAUCUUUACAGUUGUGGCCGUCGGCUACUUUGGUGGUGGAGAGUGCUGAUGAUGAUGUAGUCUUAACCAAACCACAACGCGUGCGGCCGCCGUCUCCAACAAAGGGCCACCGCCUCGGCCCGAAGCCCAAGCCCUCGGAUCUGUUUAAGAGGGUCACGGCGCGGCACGACCCUCGGGACCUGUCUGGCGCCGACAAGCCGCGCGGGAGGGUCGCCGUGAGCGCGGACAAGGUCCCUGGUCUGGGCCGGCUUCUGGCGAUGGGCUUCCCCGAAGCGAAGGCGCGCGACGCUCUCAGGAGGGCGAACGGCGACGUGAACGCGGCCGUGGCCGCGUUAUUGUAAUUUAUUAUUGUUAA